UCUUCUUUUCCUUUGACGAAAAUGCCAUUACCUUUCUUACAUUAUCCCCACUCCACCCCGUCUCCUCCCAGCGUAGCCGCUCUCUUUGCUUCCAGCCACCUCCACAGCUAAGCUCUCAAGAAACUCCACUCUCCCUUUUUAUAUUUUCCCUUCAAACUUCCACACCCGGAUUUUUUUUUUUCCUGCCUUUUUGGACCUAUUUCUCUCUGUUUCUGGCCGCGACAUUGAGAGCAAGGAGGUAAAAAGGAAGAGGAGCAAAAUGGGAAUGGGAACUAGCAUCUUUAUCAUCAGAUGGAUCAAUUUUCUCACCAUGCUUCUAGCUAUUCUUGUCGUAAUAUUUGGGAUAUGGAUGGGCACGCACCAUGACGGCUGUCGAAAAUCUCUUACUCUUCCUGUUAUGGGACUUGGUGGAUUCAUCUUUGUGGUGUCUAUAGUUGGUUUUUUUGGUGCUCUUAAGAACAGUUCCAUAUUGCUGUGGAUUUAUUUGAUCAUGCUGUGCAUUACGUUGGUGGGGAUUCUGGUGUUUACGGUGCUGGCGUAAGUAUAUGUUUCUGAAGUAGAUUCAUUAUCAAACCCAUGAUUGCAACCCUUCUCAUGUUUCUAAACUUUAACAUAUUGAAAAAAAUUACAUUGCUUUCUCACAUGUCCUAUUUGAAUAUGUUCUACUAGGUAAAAUUUACGACUUAUGUUUCUAUGUUUUGUGUACUUGUCAAACGAUUCCUUUGAUGCAUUAUGUCGGGAUGCCUUCUAAAUAAGAUUGAGAUGAGUGAAAGAAGGAG